UUAUAUCGUCAAACAACCACCGCUACUUCAUCCACCACAAAUCUCUCCUCGUACAAUCCGUUCUGCUGUAGCUUGCUACCACUAGUACCAUUCAUACUUCCAUCCACGUCUCCAUCGUCCUUCUCCCACCAUGUCGUUCCAAGAUCGAACCCAGCAAUCCAUCUCACAGCUGGAUAAAGAGCUGUCCAAAUACCCGUUCCUCAACAAUUUCGAGCAACAGACCAGCGUCCCCAAGGUCUACGUCGUCCUCGGCCUGGGCGCCCUGUACUUCUUCCUUGUCUUCUUCAACAUCGCCGGCGAGUUCCUCGUGAACACCGCCGGUUUUAUCAUUCCGGCGUACUAUUCGCUAGAGGCGCUGUUCAGCGCCCAGAAGGCCGAUGACACCCAGUGGUUGACGUACUGGGUGGUUUAUGCGCUCUUCUCCGUGUUCGAGAGCGCCGUCAGCGCCGUCUACUGGUUCCCAUUCUACUACACCUUCAAGUUCGUCCUCAUCCUCUGGAUGGCGCUCCCCCAGACCAACGGCGCCAAUAUCGUCUUCAACUCGGUCGUCCAGCCCAUCUUCGCCCGCCACUUCGUCCAGGGCUCCACCGCUCCCGACCUCAAGGCGACCGCCGGCAAGACCCUGUAAAUCGUAGCGCUAUGAGCAGCCACGCGACGUGGACAUGACGAUGCGGGAACGAGGACGAACGACAAUCCACACGUCAUGAGCAUCCGACAGCGAUCAACCAAUUCGACGACGCUCCGCUGCUGGAACGGGAUGAAACGAACGAGUGUGAACGAGCAUAGGCGAAGCGAAUCGCCGAUAUUGAGUUUUUGUAGCAGGGAUGGGUUCGGGAGCCUGUGGGGUACAUCGAUGCCUGUUUUGUUUUGUAUUCUUGCGGUGGUGGAGUUUCCAUAGAGGUUUACGGUUUUUGAGAAUUCCAGUCGGUAUCACUUCCUAUCACGCAGUUCUGUAGUGUUUCCCCCCGCCCGGUAUUCCUACAUACAAGCUCGAAAGAAUCCUUCAUCUACCGCCUCGUUGUGCCGCCAAAUCCCGUGCUCUCAUACCGUGCCGACGACACCCCUCUGCUCGACCGUGAGCUCCCUUCCCCUCGAUCAUAUCCUCCCCAACC